UCCUUAGUUUCGUGUUUAUUUCGUUUUAAUGGGGGUUUAAUGCUAGAACAUUAAGGUUUAAAUUUGUAUUUUUCUAUUUCUUUUUACUAUUUACCACAGUUCUAAUGGGUUAAUUUGUAUCUUGAUUCUUUGAUAUGAUGUAGAAAGGUUAUGAAUGUUAAGAUUGAUGUUCAAUAAUUAUUGAUCGUAUUUUUUUCCAUGAAAGUUGUAGAGUCGUCUUUUUUGUAAUGGUAAAAUUGAAAACCUACUGGAUGAUCUAUAGUUGGAUUUUGUUGCUUUGUAUUCUACAUUAAUUAGGUUAAUGAGAGAGUUAUAAUUCUUCUAAAUGUGGUUGUAGACCUGUCAAAAUUGACCCGACUCGGGAACCCUACCUGAAAGUUUAGGGUCUUGAUCACAAUUUUGCAACUUGCAACCCAGAAUUACCCAGAUUUAUUAACUAAAUAUUGGUCUGACCCUAAAGUACAUGAACUGAACUCGAAUUUACCCGACCCCAAAUAAACUUAUUCAGCCGCAUGGAUACCGGACAGGUCAAAAAGUGGGGUUAAACUAAAUUAAACUUUACCAACUAAACUAAAUUGCACUGAGAAUUAUUACUGGGGAGUAUUGGUGUACUGGUGUACACAUCUUACUGUCAUUCAUAAAAUUGGAUAAGGGUUAUCUAAUAUUUUCCUUUUUUUCUUGAUAAGCUAUGUUUUCAUUUAGGCUAUUUUUAUUUCAUAUUGGUUUCUAGUUAUGGAAAUUGGAAACUGAUAAGUAUAGGCUUUAUUGGUUAGUUAUAGUUAUAGAAGCUGGUAGCAUUACGGUUUUCUGGUGGUAGACACUGCAUAAAUUUUUUAGGUUGCUCAAGAGUUUCUCAUUGCAGAUUGUUUUGACAGACUUUUUGUCCUACUGCAACGUGUUUCAGAUAAUUUAUCAUUCCUGUAUCAGUGUAUCUAGGGGUAGAGUGCAGAUAGCAGUUUCGUCCAUGCUAAUACUUCGUUCCCUUUAAGGCUCCCUGCCAAAGUUGUACAUGACUACAUGUAGUUACUGUAUUUGCUCGAUUUCUUAUGCAGUCACUCGAUGUUCUCAUACUAUGAUAGUAAGAUUUUGAUAAGGAUAUCUCUGCUUUUAAUACGAAGUACUCCAUAUAGCUUAGUAUUCCUACCGGCCCCUUUAGCUAGACUGAACUCUUCGUUCUUCUAGUCAUGGCUAGGAAAGAGUAGCAUAUUGGAAUUUCAGGUUAUACUGGGUUAAGCUUUGAUAACUAGAGGGGAAAGCUUAAACCAUGAUAUUUCAGAGUCGCUCAAUUUUGUUUCAGGCGAUAGGUUUGGUAUGCAGAAAUAUUUUAUGUGGUUAUGGCCUUUGAUGAGGACUAAUUUUUUUUGGUUGGCAAUGCAUUUGAUAUUUUCUCGAUGUAUUCAACUAUUCAAGCUAUGGUCGCAUAUCAUUUAAUAACCCUUUGGCAGCCUUUGUAGUAUGCUUGGAGGUCACUGGUCAGGGGAUACCACAGAGGCAGUGUUGUCCCAGCAUCUUCACUCUUGUAGUUGAUAAUCCCCAUUCUCUACUCUUUUACUUCAUACGUGAGAGGAAAGUAGGAAACACACGGAGUAUCAACUGAAGCUUUGGCCUAUUGGUGAUUUUGUAGGUUAAAGAGUUCCCCUCGUGUUCUAUUUCAAUCUUCUUGGAUUACUUUCUUGAGUUCCUCUGUUUGGCAGACACUUGAUUAAGCUUAUAGUCGAACAAUUACAGCAGUACAAAGAGCAUAUAUUUGGUGACUGUUUGGACUUUUAUGCCAACCCUAUAUUUUUCUUUUCUGAAUGUCUCUCGUAUACUUUCCAGCCAUUUUUUUGAGCCGAGACCUUGAUAUUAAGUUUUUAGAAAGUUAGAAUGCCUUUUGCUCUCUAUUCAUUUCUUGGCAGUUAGCUUUAGCAAAUAAACUGAAAUUUUAGUACACUUCUUGUAGGGAGAACUGAGAAGUGAGUCAAAGCUGUAGUCGAAUGGGUAUAACUCGCCUAGUGGAUGAACCUUGAAGGAGUUCUAGAUUUUACUGGCGGGGAUGCUUGAAAGUGUUCUAAACUUCUAAUGUUCAAAAUCUGGAAGCUAGUCAUAGUCUAAACAAGGCAGGUCAAAGCUUGUAUCUUAUCAGUUCAAAUCAUGCUUAUGAGGUUUCUAAGGAGGUCAAAACUUUAGUUGCUCAUUUGAAGUGCUUUUCCCAAACUUUUUGGCUCUAUUUUUUUUGUUUUUCAGAAAAGUUACUUGAUUGCUAUAUUAAAAAUCUGGGGUUGCAACAGAAAAAACAUUAGCGUGUAAAACUAAGCAAAAUAGUAUGUAAACCUAAACUUGACCGGAAAUGUUAAAUUCGGGAACCUGUAUAGUACUUGGUGAUUUAUGAUUUACCCCAAUAUCUCAUAUACAGCUUUUACUUUCUCUUUUGAUGGAGGGUAAGGGGCAGCAAGGAAACUAGAAAAGGAUGCAGGUUGGGUCUUUUGAGUAAAGGGGGGAGAAAAGGUAGUGAUUGUUGUAAAGGGGGGAGAAAAGAUAGUGAUUGUUUUUUGUAAUUUUACUAUAUUUUAUUUUGACAUCAUAUCACUUUGUAAAUAACAAUGUGUCACAAAUUUUAUUUUACCAGUGUGGCAAAUCUCCAUCUGUUUAUAAAUAGGUAUGAUAUUUUCAAAAUAAUUUCAAUGUUCUGACUUCCAAGUAAUUCAGAUGUUAUUUGUUUAAAACAGUCCAUUUGUUUCAUUAAGAUUAUAUGAUUCCGAGCAGGGGCUCAUUCGUUUGUUUGUUUGUUUGUUUGUUUAUUUGUUUGUUUUGUGGUUGCGUAAAGGUCUGCCUGGUGGAAGUGUUUUCUUUCCUACAGAGAAAAGUCUUCCUCUUUUCCGGACACAGUUAUAUUCCUCUCUGAUAGUAAACGUCUUUCCCCUUAGUUCUGUUACUUAAUCAAGCAAAUAACUCAAAAAGGAAGAGUUUUCUUUGUAUCUAAAGAGGUCCAAUAAAUUUUUAUUUAUUUUUUUGGUGGGAAAAAAGAGGUAAAAAUUUGGUAGUACUUAUGUUUCAAAAUGAUCUUUACACUUUCCGUUUUAGUUUGUUUCAUGAUGUUAUUUACACUUUACUUUAUUCUAUUUUUUGACACGAAAAUUUACUGUAUUACCCCUCUUACCUCACAACAUUUACAACUUUCCACUCACUCUCUCUUACUUUAUUCAUUUUUUUCUUACACCCACCCACCUUUUUACCCAUCUACCGUACUUUAUCCAUAUUUUAUUAUAUCCACAACCUUUUUACACACUUUUCCUACUUUGUCUUAAUAUUUGUGCAAAUAGUAACCAUAAAGAUCAUUUUGAAACGGAGGUAGUACUUUUUAAUGCAGAGAUCGUAAGUGUUUUAGAUACCAUGACAAUGGUAAACUUGGGAGUAGGAAUUUUCUUCCACUUUCAUCUACUGUACGUGAGGAUGAAACAUUUUUCAUUAGUCACUUGGCUCUCCUUUUCAAAUAUUAAUCAAAUAAAGAAAUUCUUUAAGAUAAUACAGUAAAGAAUGUAUUUUGCUAGUGUCACUAUCUUGUUUAGUGAUGGAAUCAUGACCAUGAUAACGGAAGCCCUAUACUAGUUUAAGCGGCGUGUUCGCUUUUGGAAUUUUAUUUCUCAAUCAUCAUGUAAGAGUGGAGGUAAUGCAAGACAUGUAACUGCCUUUUUGAAGGUCUUUACUCUUAAUACUGUCAGUGAUCCUCCUUUUGUCCUCGGUUAUGUUAACUUGUUGUCGGAGUUCAAUUUACUGAUAAUCUCGUUAAUUAUUCUAGCCGACUGCCCUGUGCUGAUGCAAACUACUUUGUUGAGUCAAUAAUUUUGACUCAGAAUGUAGAUGUAGCAGUCAAAUGUAUGAUACACUGAGAACUUUGUUGUUUUGUAACAUUGCUUGGUUCACAUCAACUUCAUGGGUAAGACACUUCAGUUAUCUGGUUUUCCUUCCACUGUGACUGUUGACAAUGUCAAACCUUAUUUGGAGGAUAAAACUGGUGAAGAAACUAUUUAUGCUCUGAAAAUAAGGCCGUUCAAAUCUGGUGGGUCAAGAUGUUAUGCUGUUGUGCAAUUCACCUCUGUUAGAAUGGCUGAUCUUAUUCUGAGUCUCUCCCAACCUCCAAAGAAACUUUGGUAUGGCUCCAACUUCUUAAAGGUGCGAGCGAUGGAAAAUGAUAUUGUGCCCAAGCCAAGAACUAACCAGCAUAAAAUGGACAACAUAACACUUCAUGUUGGAUGUCAGACUUCAAAUGACAAGUUUCUAGCAUUUUGGAGACAACGGGAUGUUUCUCUAUCAUUUGGCUCCGGACUGAGAAAAUUAUACAUCUCGUUGAAUUACUUGUCUAAGGAAUAUAAACUUGAGCUUUCUUAUGAGAGUAUUUGGCAGAUUGAGCUACGACGUCCACGGGGUUAUUAUUUGAAGUAUCUUCUAAUUCAGCUGCUUGCGGCUCCUCGGAUCUCUGAGAAGGAUGCACGAUCUUCCACGCAGCGCUUUGAUUUUUUCAUGCACGAGCAAGAUGACCAAUGGUAUAGGACGACAGAUUUUACCUACUCAAGCUGUAUAGGACAGUCAUCAGUUCUGUGUUUGGAGCUUCCAUUUAACUGCCAACUUCCAGACUUCAGAACUAACUUUGCAUAUUUUAAGGAAGAUGAUGGCCAAUUUACUUUAGAAAGUGGCAGUACCUUCUCCCACAACACGGAACUUGUUCCAGUUGUGGUUUCUCCAAGAGGAGUUGAUUUACCUUUUAAUAUCUUGUUUAAAGUAAACUAUUUGGUUCAAUUUGGAUGUCUUUCUGGCCCAAACCUUGACCACAGUUUCUAUCAGAUGGUUGAUCCGAAUAGAAUUGAAAUGGCUUGUAUUGAAUGUGCACUUGAAAAACUCUAUUAUCUGAAGGAGUGCUGCUACAAUCCAGUUGAUUGGCUAAGACAGCAGUACACAAAAUACCUCACAUCUAAGAGAAGUCCUGAGAAGCCAACCAUUUCAUUGGAUGCGGGAUUGGUUUAUGUACGCAGAGUUCAAGUAACUCCAUGUAGAGUGUACUUUUGUGGCCCAGAGGUGAAUAUAUCCAACAGGGUGCUGCGAAAUUAUCCUGAUGACAUUGAUAACUUCCUCCGCAUUUCCUUUGUUGAUGAGAAUCUGGAAAAAUUGUACUCAACAGAUUUAUCUCCACGUUCCUCUGAACCUGGAAAGCGGACUGAGAUUGAUAGAAGGAUUCGUACCGUUCUCAGGAGCGGAAUACGUAUUGGUGAUAAAAAGUUUGAGUUUCUGGCCUUUUCAUCAAGUCAGUUGAGGGAAAACUCUGCAUGGAUGUUUGCUUCAAGGCCUGGACUGUCAGCCACUGACAUCAGAGAUUGGAUGGGUGACUUCAGAGAAAUAAGGAAUGUUGCAAAAUAUGCUGCCCGACUUGGUCAAUCUUUUGGUUCAUCCACAGAAACUCUGACUGUUCCUGUAGAGGAAAUCGAGAAGAUACCUGAUGUAAAGGUAAUUGCUGGGAGAAAUACAUACAUUUUCUCGGAUGGAAUUGGGAAGAUAUCAGCUGAUUUUGCUCGCAAAGUGGCGAAAAAAUGUGGUUUCAGCUUCACUCCAUCUGCCUUCCAGAUUAGAUAUGGUGGAUAUAAGGGUGUUGUUGCUGUUGAUCCCCGGUCAUCUAAGAAGUUAUCAUUGCGGGGUAGCAUGUGCAAGUAUAAAUCAGAUAAUAAUAAACUUGAUGUGUUAGCACAUAGUAAAUAUCAACCGUGUUAUAUGAAUCGUCAGUUGAUUACUCUUUUGUCCACUCUUGGAGUGCAAGAUCAUGUAUUUGAGAAGAAGCAAAGAGAAGCAUUGAAUCAACUGGACGCUAUCCUAAAACAUCCGCUGAAGGCACAAGAGGCGCUGGAGCUUAUGUGUCCAGGGGAGGUUACAAACAUUCUCAAAGAAAUGCUCAAAUGUGGCUACAAGCCUGAUGCUGAACCAUUCCUCUCAAUGAUGUUGCAAACUUUUCGGGCUGCUAAGUUGCAGGAAUUGCGGACAAAAUCAAGGAUAUUUGUCCCACGUGGUAGAGCAAUGAUGGGAUGUCUUGAUGAAACUCAAACCUUGGAAUAUGGUCAGGUGUUUGUGCAAGUUUCAGGCGCAAGGUUUAGGGAUGUUGGUAAUGAACUCCUCACUUGCACUGGCUAUGACUCUGAACCGUAUAAUUACGUUGUGAAGGGGAAAGUAGUUGUUGCUAAGAACCCUUGCUUACAUCCUGGUGAUGUCCGUGUCCUGAUGGCAGUUGAUGUGCCUGCUUUGAGUCACAUGGUUGACUGUGUCGUGUUUCCCCAGAAAGGAAAGAGGCCUCAUCCAAAUGAAUGCUCUGGAAGUGAUUUGGAUGGUGAUAUAUACUUUGUUUGUUGGGACACUGAGCUCAUACCACCUCACCAACAGGAACCUAUGGAUUACACUGCAGCUGAAAGUACAAAACUGGAUCAUGAUGUUACCAUGGAGGAAGUGAUGGAUUAUUUCACCGACUAUAUAAUCAACGACAGUUUAGGCAUCAUUGCCAAUGCACACACGGCCUUUGCUGAUAGGGAGCAUUUGAAGGCAAUGAGCAGCCCUUGCAUACAACUGGCUGAACUUUUCUCUAUUGCUGUUGACUUCCCGAAAACUGGGAUUCCAGCAGUUACACCAGCUGCCCUCAGGGUAAAAGAGUAUCCUGAUUUCAUGGAUAAACCUGACAAACCAACUUAUGAAUCACACAAUGUUAUUGGCAAACUGUUUAGGGAAGUGAAGGAAAGAUCCCCAAGUUCAGCCUCCAUUAGAUCAUUCACCCGAGAAAUUGCUGGGUGUUCUUAUGAUCCCGACAUGGAAUAUGAUGGAUUUGAGGAUCAUCUUGAUGAUGCUGAGUAUUAUAAGAGUCAAUAUGAUUAUAAGCUUGGUAAUUUGAUGGAUUACUAUGGAAUUACCACAGAGGCAGAAAUUCUAAGUGGGAAUAUCAUGAGAAUGUCAAAGUCAUUUGAUAGAAGGAAGGAUGCUGAAGCUAUCACUAUGGCUGUCAGGUCCCUGAGGAAGGAAGCACGGGCAUGGUUCAAUACAGAUCCUGACUCAGGAGGUGACAUGUAUGCAAAAGCAUCAGCUUGGUAUUUUGUGACAUAUCAUCCUAGUUAUUUUGGCAAGUAUAAUGAAGGGCUGAAGCGAGAUCAUUUCCUUAGCUUUCCGUGGUGUGUAUACGACAGGUUGAUCACCAUUAAGAAGACCAAGAGAAGGUCGUCUACGAAUGUUUCAGCGUUGGAAAGACUGGAGUAUCAAAUGAGACAUGGAUUCAGUCUCAAAGGUUGAAGAUUGUAUAUAAUGUUUGUUGCUGAGUUGCUGCAUGUAAAUUUACUUGGUUUCUCUGGUUAUGUUUAGUUUUACCGUGUUGCGUUAUUGGAAAAUCAUAUUAUUGCAAUUCUUGAUAUUCAGUGAUCAAUAUUAGUGGAAGUGAACUAGUUGAGCAAAGGUUUGUUUCUGAUGGCAACUAUGAAUUGUAGUGAAAGUUGACGUGACCUGAUAGCUUAUCUCCAGUAAGUGGAUUCUGGUUGAGAUUUGAUUACUCUUUCAAGUAACAAAUAUAGUAAUACAAUUAUUCAGUUUUAAUACCA